AAUCUAAUAUUCAUUUUGUGACGUAGGCCUCCUCGCUCCUCCCCGCUGCGCAGACUGGCUGUGCAAAACGCUGCCUGGCAAACGCGGGUUAGUUUCAGAGGGAACCUCCUCACUCCAACACUUGGGCUGUGUAUGUUUGUGUGUGUGUAUUUCCCAGCGUGGAAUGAGUGGCAGGGACACCGGCUUCGCUGUUUUCUGUGAUCACGCACGCACAUUCUAUCUUGCUGGGUUUUUUUCUGAAGAGUUCGAUGAUCUGGCACGUGACUCAGUUGACACCUUGAUGGUCAGCACUGACCACUCACUCACAGAGUCUGGGAUCCUUGAGAACUCAGGUGGCGCUGACGCUAAGACAGGGGCAGGAGCCCGAGAGGAGAAUGUUCCCAAAGCUGUGAGCCCUGCCACCAAUGUCACGCCGGGUCCCCGUGUACAUCAUGACGUCAUCAGCGACACGCCAGACCCGGCCAAGGCCAUGAAAUGUGAAGUCUGCGGUGCCAAGUUCGAAUCUCUGAGGCUGUUCCUCGAACACCAGAAUUUGGAGUGCGGAGUUGCGGCAGAGAGUAAAGCUAACUGGUUGUGGACCGAAAACACGUCACUUCCCUCGAUGUCCCCGUCCUCACAAUCCACUUCCUCUGUGGACGCAGCAGGUGCAGGGGGUGUCGGGGAGGCGGAGCUUCUCGAGAUGGACGGUAUGGAUCCGACUCAGGUGCCUUACGUCAUCGGCGUGAACGAUGACCACCCGCAUAACUGUCGCUUCUGUGAGAAAGCCUUCUCCAAGCUAGGGCAUCUGCGACUCCAUGAGCAGACCCAUGCAGCUCACAUGCCCUACAAGUGCCAACACUGUCCGCGACUUUUCCGGCACAAGAAGAGCCGGGAGCGACAUGAAAAGUUACAUUCUUCAGACAGGAAAUAUAAGUGCCAAACGUGUGGGGUCGGCUACUCAAGGAGUGACCAUCUGAGGAACCACAUGAAAAGCCAUGACCUGAUGGAGAAUGAUGAAGGCUUUAAAUGUCCCGUGUGCCUUCAGAAUUAUAUGUCAGCCUCAGCUCUCACAAAUCACCUCAAGACCCAUAAACUGAAAUAUCCUUCUGAAGAGGGAGAAGAUCUUGGGUGUUUCAAAUGCAAAAAAUCAUUUCCAACAUCAGAAGAAUUGCAGCAGCAUUUGCUGACCCAUGCUGAGGUUUCAGCUGUGAAGGUGGAGAAAUUUGUGUGUGAAAUUUGUCAGGAGAUUUUCUUCUCUCAGGACCUGUUGGACUUGCAUUCGAGAUCAGAACACAGCUCGGACGCAAGCAUCAAGUGUCCCAUUUGCUUUGAGGACUUCACCGACACAGAACUGCUGUGUCAGCAUAUCAUGGCGCAUAACUCUGGUCCUGUCAGCAGUCAGGAGAACUCUGUCCUGGACUUGGCUGACAGUAAUCUGGUCAGUCAGGGCUCGACUGUUAAUGAAGCCUCCAUGAUCACAUGACAGUUGUCCAUCGGAGUCAACACGGUCUGGAUAUCACGUACCCAUGUAGCAUGUGUGUACAGAGAUUUCACAGUCUAGAUGCUCUGGCCAAACACAAGGGCAUUGUACAUGCACAGCAGCGCUCUAAUGGCAUAGAUGCUGCUUUUUGUAACAGGUGCAAUAUGACACUCGCAAGUCCACGAACCUUGGAGGAUCACAUGAUUACAGUCCAUAACAUUGUGAUGGACAGGAAAGCUUUGAAAGGCAAGGGGAAGAAGUCCUCUGGUAAGUCUAGCAAAGAUGGAUCAACUGCUUCUUCUCGUUCAUCACUGGAGAAUGGAUCAAGGGGUGCUUCAAAAAGUUCAGGUGCAACAAAAUCUUUACCUUCUUUCUUGAUGGCUGAUGAUGGCCAACCAAAAGCAAAAUAUCCUAAGACUUCAUCAGCUGGGAGGAUCUUGGACUUGACUAAUGCUGUGGACAGACGUAAAAGUAUUUCACCAGGUGAUAUUAAGUGUGAUCAGUGCAACAUCUCAUUUCAUGACCAGCAAUCUUAUGACAGCCACAUGGCUCUACAUGCUGAGGCAUCACUUAGUUUGUCUCUUCUUGCAAAUGGUGCGUGUGAACCGCCGAAACUGAAGGAGGAGUCGGAGGUGAAUGGCGGGAGCAAUCAAAGCCAGUCUGCAGCCAGCAAGGUACAUGAGUGUUUCAAGUGUGGGGCAAGUUUCAGCACGGAGGAGCAGCUGGAAGCACACGCCUCACUGCACUAUCUGUGUGUCAGCACAGAGUAUGGAUGCAGCAACUGCGUCAAAAACUUUUCAAAGCCUGAUGAGUUACAGAAACACCUGAUGGACAUUCACGCGCAUCACCUGUACCGCUGCUCAUUGUGUAAAGACAUCUUUGAUUCCAAAGUGAACAUACAGGUUCACUUUGCCAUCAAGCACAGCAAUGAGUGUAAACUGUACAAGUGUGUGUCCUGUGACAUCAUGUUCCGCUCCGAGAUGGAGUGGCAGGUCCAUGUGAGGGUGAAUCACCUGCACAUGUCUAGGCCAUACAGAUGUCUGUUCUGCCAGGAAUCUUUCACUAGUGAGGUGGAGCUCCAGUGCCACCUGACCACCCACAGCAAACAGUUCACCUGUCCCAUGUGUGACCAGGCCUUCCACAUUGAGUACCUGCUUGACCAACACAUGCAGAGCUGUCACACUGACAUCAAGCCUGACAUGGCACAGAAAUCAAGCCCCAGAAAGCAGAAGCACCACGGCUUAUCAGUGUCUCCAGCUAGGGAUGUCGUUGUAAAACAAGAAAACAUAGAACCUGUCUCCUCAUACAACUCUAUCCCUUCCUCAUCUUCUUCAUCAUCAUCUUCGUCGUCAUGUUCUCCCCGUAUCAUCCUCAAAUCCCCAUCGGCACCUUCUCCACACAGGCAGUACACCUCGGUCUUGGCAAACACGCCAGUACCGUCGCCCCUCCCCCUCCCCUCACCCAUCUCCAAUACCCCUGUCUCCUCCAUCUGGAAGAGCACAGAGCCUCUGCACAUGUGUAACAUCUGUGAUGUCAAGUUCAGCGAUCUGGUGCUGCUGAACAUUCACAAAGCAGAGGAUCACGGCCUCAAGUCUGCAGGGAAAACUGGGUGCACUGAGAAUGAUGCAGAUCAAAAGACGAGCCAUGAAAAGUUGCUGUUGAACAACCAGACUUUGCUAUCUGCGCUGACCAGUCCAGUGUCAUCAGAGGUCACAAGCUCAGCCAGCACCUCUCUCGCCUUACCCUCCCCGACGUCUCACUUCUCCUGCAUGUUCUGCAGCCAGACAUUCAAGACAAGCCUGGAGUAUAACAAACACAUGAAGAUUCACGUCAACUCGGGAAACCUGACUUGCAGUAUCUGUGAUGAGACAUUUGUGUCACCCAGUGUGUUAGCUGAACAUAAGCUAACGCACUGUAAGAUCCACCAGGGAAACACGUGUGUAGUGUGUCGAGUCGCCCUCACCAGUCAGGAGCAGUUUUACAUACACGCUCAGGAGCACGGCUUUGAGGGAUCCCUUCUGCAGUGUGUUGUGUGUCGCCAGACUUUGUCUUCCCUGGUAGAACUUCAAAUGCAUGGCCGUCACCAUUUCCAGACACGCCCAUCUUUCUUCACCUGCUGUGUUUGCUUAAAAAGUUUUGAAUCUAAGGAGAACCUGGUCUCUAAGCUCAACUCUAGCGGCCGCACAUAUUAUGUGUGUAAGCCGUGUUACCAUGGAGAGGCUCCACUACACACAUGCUCUCAGUGCAGUGAGAAGUUUGCUACAGCACAGCUACUGGAGACACACAUGUUGACCCACAAGGCAAAUUUCCAGUGCAUCAAAUGUCAACAAUCCUUCUCAACUGAAUAUGAAAUACAGCUUCACGUAGCCAGCCACAUGUUGACAGAAGGCACCCAACAUGAGUGUCGUCUCUGUGGGGCUCUGUUUGACUCACCAGGGCGUUUACAGACCCAUCUGAUCCAGCACAGCUUCGUUGGUAGAGAUAUCGUCUGCUUCGUGUGCAACAAAACAUUUGAAUCGCCACAAGAAAUUCAAGUCCAUGCCUUGGAGCACAAUGCAUCCUUUAAGAAAUUUGCCUGCAGUCACUGCUCUCAGAAAUUCUUUUUCAGUGCUGAAUACGAAAAUCACAAGCUUAUCUACGGCCAUGGAGCAGAUCCGUUCAGCUCCAUGCACCAAGCUUCUCCACUUCUCUCCGCUUCUCUUUUAUCAUCUUCUGCAGCAAUGUCCAUGGCAUCGUUAGCGUCUUUCUUGUCGUCAUCAUCACCGCUGACUAAAGCACAGGAGUUGUCUCCAUCCCUUUCUCUUACAAACAAACGACUGUUGGAGAGGUUUCAAGACGUUAAGGCCUACGAUUUAUCUAAGAAGUCGGGCCAUUCACCUUCGGCCUCAAAAAGACAAGACCCCCUGUUAGUGCCCAGCUUGACAGCAGCUCCUGCUAGUCUAGAGUGUCCAGAAUGUCACAAAUAUUUCUCCACUGGAACAGCUCUGGCCAACCACAGAAAAACACACUUGAAAAAAGAUGGCAGUCCUGCCAUUAGAUGCUCUCUCUGUUCAGAGACCUUCAACUCAGCCCUGGCAAUGCAGCAACAUUUCUUCACCGUUCAUUCCAGUGCAGAGGAGCACAGGAAGAAGAAAAGCUUCAAGUGUAUGAUGUGUGACAAGGAGUGCUCCACCCUCAGUGCCCUGCAGAACCACAUCUUGUCCCAUAGAGCAGGCUCCUCUCUGCCUUGUGACAUCUGCAAGAAGACGUUCACAUCUCAGCGAUACCUGAACCUCCACAUGAGAGUCCACAAGCAGGGAGACAAGAAGAAGUUAGAUGACAAGAAUGGAGCAGAAGACAAGAUGCAUGUGGAGAAGGAACUUUCAGUGCCUGAGGUAGAAGGAAGGGGAGAUCUGAAUUGUCCAGUAUGUGGUGAAAACUUUGCUUCUACUCAGGAAAUUGAAAGUCAUCUCAAGACACAUAAGGAAGUCUAUACCACCAGUGGCUCGGCAGACUUUAUAGACUCCUCCGGUGAGGACCAAACUGUGAGCCACACUGAAGACAUCUACAAUGGAGCUGCUGAUGCCUGAUCCAACUACACGCCACAGACAAUAAAGUGCUUCGGGAUUAUUCAAUAAAAGUCAACGUGGGAACAUAUGAAUUGAUAAAACUAAAA